AUGGAUAUAGGCUGCACAUUAGGAAUUACUGCCGUAGCAUUAGGACUAUCAGCCAUGUUUUACGGCUAUAAACUAAAAACCGAUAAAAAGAGUGUAGUAUUAGAGAAAAACGACCAAGAACACGAAAAAAAGCACCACCAUAACGAGGAACGCAUUAAGGAAUUAGAGAAAAAGAACGGAGCCGAACAGAAGCAGAUAGACGACUUAAAAGAAAAAUUAGAAGAAGUAAGGAAAGACAAAGGGGAGUUAAAGGAUUUAGUUAUUAAAUUACAGGAUAGAAUAAUAAACUACGGAAUAAAAAAACCACCGCACCAGCAAUUUAAUAAGCAAAAACCUCCCCAAAAAGGAGGGUGGAAUGAAAUCCAUGAGGCCAUUAAAAAACACCGCAAAGAUUUAGAAAGUGAGGAGAAAGAAGACCAAGAACUAGAAUUGAUUGACCAGCAACAAAAAGAGGACAAUUUUCUCACUUAUAAAGGAGCCUUGGAGCCUAAUGGUAAAAAUGACAAAGAAAGGUUUUAUCGUUGCAGAUUAAAAUUACAAAAAAAGAAAAAAAAGAAAGAAGUUAAAAGUGAUGGCGGAGCAGGAAUA